AUGAUUUUCAUUCAAAGACAGGCAAUUGCAAAAAGACUCGUUCAAACUGCGAGAUUCAAUCCCUUGACGCCAGUGGUGAUCCCUGCAACAGGUCCGAUAUCAUCCCAAAGCUGUCGAGUGCAAGCAAUUGAGAGGUCAUCCUUGCACCAAGGCUUCUACGGACCUAGCUUAAUACGCAAAUUUCAUUCAUCGCCCGUCACCAUGGUAAACCAGUCCGAGCUGAAGCAGACUCUCACGCCAACUCUCCUCGAUGACGUUCAUACCUUAUGGUUCGACCACCUGGAGAGUAAAGAAUCUCUCAUCCUACCAAAGAUGAGCGACAUGGGUCGGUGGUUCACGCGCGAUCCCGAAUUUGACAACGCUUGCGUCACGAAAUUCCGCCCAGCUCUGGAGACAAUUGUUAGCUCUGGAGCAUCGGCUUUGGAUAUAAUCGCUGCGGUGAAUCCAUCUUCCCCAAUGGAUUGGAUUAACAUGAUCAUCCUGGUAGACCAGAUGCCUCGCAACUGCUUUCGAGGAGACGAAUCAAAACUAGUCUUUAAAAACUUUGAUCCCUUGGCCGAGAAAAUUGCCCUACAGGCACUAAAAGAAGAUAUCCCGACUCAGUCCUCUUACUUCCGCUUUCGAUUAACUUAUCGGACUUGGUUCCAUUUACCCCUCAUGCACUCCGAAUGUCCGGCGGUUCAUGAGAAAGCUGUCCAGGUGCAUGGGGAUACAGCUAAAGAUAUAGAUGGAUUCGUGGCUAGGGACCCGUCGACACUAACCGAGGAAGAAAAGGAAUGCUAUGAUGUUCUAUCCAACCGAAUAGAUGCUGUCAGGGACUUUUUGAAGAUGAAUGAUGAGUUUGAGAAAAGGCAUAAGGUCAUCAUUGACAAGUUUGGACGGUACCCGCAUCGGAACCAGGCGCUUGGAAGGGUUUCCACCCCGGAGGAGGUUGAGUACUUGGAAAAUGGUGGUGAGACAUUCACCUGA